UAUUCCGGAAAAUACAAAAAUCAAACUCUUCCUCGGUUCACUCCAUGUUUCGUUGAUUUACACAAUAUUUGGACUUUUUUGUUCAUUGUUUAUUUCGGGAAGAUGCAACUAAACCGACGUAGUUUUGUGAUUUUACUCGAAACGGGGAAUGCACACAAGCUGCUCGACAUAAGUCCUCAAUGGAUAAUAUAUCGAGAAAAGAGUAGUUCCAAAAGACGCCACGUGGAUCGUCCUAUUGUCACGUGGGUCUCACGUGAUGAUAAGGAAAGAAAAGAUUCAACCUUUUGCUGUUAUAUUGUUUUUUUUCCCUCGCAAAGAAAGUUACCUUCUACCUGAAGCAACAAAAAAAAAACCCUAAGAAUCGCAAGAAGCCCUGAGAGAGAGAGAAUCGUUUCCGCUACUCUCUUCUUCUUCCACCAUGGAUCCUUCCUUCUUCGAAUCCGCUGAGGAGGAUUCUCGGCUCGAGAAGAUCGCACAAGAUCACUUCGCUCAAGGAAACCACAUCAAGGCCUUGGAGGUAAUCGAAGAUGCGUUUUCAAAGCGUGGGAAAGAAGACGUCCCAGGAAUGUUCCAUCUCCUUCAAGGCUCCAUCUUGUAUCAUCUAGCGAAGAGAGCAGAGAAGAGUGACGUGACGUUCGCGUUUUUGCUGGGUUGUGUGGAACCUUUUACUGAUGAUUUUGGGCUGCACGCCUUCUCUGCAUGUGCAUUGUUCGAGAUGGCCAAACAGCUUGAUUCGGAGUUGUAUUACAAGAAGGCUGAGAAAGACGCAGAACUAAGAUUAUCUCUUUUGGAAUCUUGUGGUGAAUUGGACUCGGCCGAUCUAGAAACACAACGUACACUUACCAAUAUAAGCAACGAGGCAGAGUUAAAGAUCCUCCAGGGUUGUACUGGAAAAAUCUCUGUGCCAGCACUUGAGGAGUCGAAAGAAGCUCGAGGCAUGAUCAGGAGUGACGCUGAAGGUAAAAGAUUGAGGUCGCAUUGGGCGAGUAUGAGUGUUGAGGCUAAAAAAAACUUUAUGAAAGUAAGCGUUUCGAAGCUUAGAGGUUAUGUUGAGAGAUUAUAUGGCGAAGAGGGGAAAAAGGCUUUGGAGGAAGUUCUGGAUUCUACAAGGACAAACAAGAAAUGGAGAUUCUGGAUGUGUCGAACUUGCUCACAGAAAUUCUUUUAUGUGAAGAAGUUCAGGAAUCAUCUUGAGCAAGAACAUGGUGCAAAAUUUAAACGUGCUACGGCAAAGAAUAUGCCUCAGAUGGUAAAUGAAGCGUGGGCUGAUAUGAUGUUGGUUGGAGGUUGGGAACCAGUGGAUGCAGUAGCUGCUGCUGAAAUGAUCAAGACUCGGCUCGAGUCUGUGAAGGAGUUUGUAUAUGAGAAAGGAUGGUCUAAGGACUGGCCUUUAGCUGAAGAUGAAGAGCGAACUAAUUUACUCAAGCAAAUCCAAUAUCUUCUUGUGUUACUUUGGGAGAGUAAGGUUCUUAGUUUUACCACUCUAGAAUGGAUGAUGGAGCUUCCGAUUCUUGCACGAUUUGAAGUUACCGAGUCUCUUAUAACCGAGUGUGGCCUAGUGGGAACACCUCAGCGUAUCUGCUUUUGGGACUGCCAUGAACUCAAACGAAUUCGAGACCUUCUCAAACUCAUCAAGUUUGAAAGGGAUGAUGGUACAGAUCUGGUUUGCAGAGCAGUGGAGAGAUUAUGUGGUCGUACUGGAGUUAAAGAAAAGAUCGAGUUUGACGAACGGUUUUCUUUUAUGCUUCUGGAUAAAAGACUGCUGAGAGGCAAGAUUGAUCCAUUCGAUGAUGAAGGGGCAAUAGAUGUUUGUAAGCAUGACUACUACGCCAAGACACAACCUCAGGGCGACGAUAUCAUAACCUGGUUACUUGACUAUCUUUUGAUAGAUGGGAGCUUUGAAUUUCCCAGGUCUGCCAGGGCACACAAUCUUGAUAUAUGGGUGGCUAUUCUGAGAGCCAUUCACUACACCUGUAGGGAUUGGGGAACCAAAUAUGGAAGGAAGUUCGAGAACUUGUGUUAUGAUAAAGUUCUUACUGACGCCAAAAACUUGUGUACGAGCGAAGAUGAAAGGAGAAGGAUUGCUCCGGAAGGUGAAGCGAACGUCGCAUAUGCAUCUCUUCUAGGUGACAGGUGUGAAGAGUUAAAAACAGACAAUGGAGAUCCUCCCAACGGAAGACAUUUCGUGUUUGCAGUACGGGAUGUUCUCGAGAGAGCACCAGAUCCCACAUUUGAUUUCGACGAUCUAGAAGCUUCCCUAGAUCUUAUACAUGGGCUUAAAGAUCUCAGUGAUGGUACGGUGUUAGAGUCCAUAGACCAUCUGAAAUCUGUGGUCACCGACAAGGUACUACUAGCCGAUUCAAAGAUUUUACUAGUUGAAAAGUCAAGGAUUAGUUUGCUAAACGAGCUCACCAGGCUUUCUGCUUUUGACUACCGGUCGUAUAUCCGUAACCUGCUCAAACGGUUCAUGCGGGACGAGUUAAAUGAAAUUGUAAAAAUGGACGCCUUAGCCAAGGUAGCUGCGGCAGAAGCAGAUCUUUUAUCCAGUGAAAAACAAGAGAAGGAGAAGAAAUCAGGGUCAAAGAACAAGAAACGUGGAGUCAUCAAGAAAACUUCAACAAGCACGUCUACUGAUAUCGAGCAGAAUGUCAAACCUGAAUCUUCUCCACCACCAGAACCUGUGGAAGAAGACUGUGUGGAACCAGAAGAUACCCUGAAUAUUGCAGCCAACACUGACAAUCAAGAGAAAACUGCUAAAGAUAUGCAAAAUAAGCCUGGAGAAGAUUUACUGUCGAAACAUAUGGAGUCACCACUUGUUGCAGCUUCAACCAGAUGCAAUUUAGCUCUUGACAUGACACUGAAGGCCCUUUGUAAAAUCAAGGUUCUUAAAGAGUAUUUGGUGCUCAAUCAGGAUGAAUUUGCUGACAACCAGGAAGGACAAGUUCCUUAUGCAUUACGAGAUUUCUUCACCGCUUUUGCCUCGAAGACGAUAAAAGAGGGAAUGUACAGUUACCUCCUGGGAAACGUACUUUCUUCCCUAGAAGAGGCUCAUUCAAUGUCAAGGGAUGCUGCUGAGCUACUCGUAUCCAUCCUUGAGUUUUGGCCUUGCUGGAGAACUCCAGAUAUAGAAAGCUUCGUAACUCAUAUUUUUACACUGGAAGAAUAUGAAAGAAUGAGUUGUAGCAAAUGCAGAAAGAAUCCGAAUUAUCCAGAACAGAGUUCUUAUGGCGUUGUUGUUGCUGCAGAUUCAAUCAGAGACCUGAAAUGUGCUUUUGGGAAGAUGAAGCUUGAGGACAUCCUUAAGUUGAUCCGCAUGGAAUAUAAAAUGCUAUGUGACGUUAAAACAGAAGGCUGUGGAAAGGCAAACUUUGUUCAUCACAUUAUAAGUAGAUCCCCGCCUAUCUUCACAAUUGUGUUGAAAUGGGAGAAGAACGAAACUGAAAAGGAAAUUCACGAGACUACAAAGGCUUUGGACUGGGAGAUAGACAUCAGUAGGCUAUACGAAGGCGUGGAACCAAACACAACGUACCGGCUUGUGUCAAUGGUUGGUUGUGGUGAAGAAGAAGAAUACAUCUGCCUAUCUUUUAAAAAGAACCGGUGGGUCAGUUACAGACAUGAAGCUUUAGCCAAAAAGGCUGUUGGUAGCUGGAAGAAUGUGGUCAGAUUCUGUGAGAAAAUGAAGGUUCGGCCAGAGAUUCUGUUCUACGAAGCUGUGCCAAAGUUGAAUCAAUAGGGGGAUGUGAAGGAAGUUUUAUUCAUACGUUUUCAACUCAUUUACCUUUCAAAUUUUUAAACCAAACGUUUUACACACACCAAAAGAAAAUUAUACACAUUUUUUUUGUGUUCUCAAGUCGCAGAAUGACUAAACGUUUCGUCUACAGCACUAAGAUUCACUACUUUAUUGUUAUUAUACUUCUUCUUCGUGCUGUCUC